AGAACUUUCAGCGUUUGGGCUUAAGUCUUUCUCCAGGCUGGCCUCCACGCAUGGAUAACAUCAUUGUGUAAUACCUUUCGGUCAAAGACUUCCUUUACUGAAAGAAUGGAAGUAAGAUACCUUGGACUUUUGGGUUCUUCGACUCUGAAGUCUGUCACGUGGACACCGUGUGGAAAUACCUGUUAGAGUUAACGUUGAAAAUGCAAAUUUUCCGUAACUCCUAAAAGGCACAGAAAUUUCUAGAUCGGAAUAUUCUGGGCCAGUGGGAAGAACCUCAAUUAAGAGAGUUCUACUGAGAAGAGAGUCCUUGGUUUUGUCUGUGACGUGGGAAUGUGCGUUGAAGGCAUGCAUGUGCGGAAGUAGAAGGUGGAAGUGCUCAGGAACAAAGGCUGGGAAGAAAAAAAAAGAAUGUCCUUACCUUCAUUCGUCAGAAGUUCAAGGUCUUUCCGUCUCAUAACGGGAUUCCCCCCCUUGGAAUACCUCGGAAAGAACACCUCCUGCCCCAUGUGACGUCAUAUGCUAGAAAAACCCGCCAAGGUCAUUUGCAAUUUCCGCGGUUGUAAUUGUAAUUUAUAAUGGAGAGUGAUUUUCUUUUUUUGGGAAUGUGAUUGUUGAGGCGUGAAGAGGUGAUGGGCAUUUGCCAUGACCCGAUUCCUUCAUCUCUGAUGCAAUGCCUGAGGCUUUCCCCCCCCCCCUUCCUUCUUCCUCCUUCCCUUCAAUCCCAUUCCUACUCAUUGAAAGAUGCCGGCGUCGCAUUGCAUAACACUCAAGGAUCGGAUCAAAGAGCCGUGGCAUUGGGAAGAAGGAAGUGAAGUGAACCUUGCACAACGCCAACCUGGCUGGUGCAGCUGCUAAUCCCAGUCAUUCACUUGACCUUCCGUCCUAAUUGCCUUGACUCAUUCCCUUCCCUUUCUUUCCCCGAACCCACAGCGACCACCAAUCCUGUAAAAGACUCCUCCCCCUAUAAAGCGUUUUUUCCUUCUUCGAGACCCCAGUUUUCUAUCGACGAUGUGCGAGUGAAAAUCGAGUCACAAUGGCGGAACACUUGUCUUCCCCUGGGGAUUAUCUCCCUGAUUGGAGCAAUGAUUGUGUACAUAGAAAAGAGACAAUUGCGAUGUGCAAAGAGAAAAGUGAAUGUGAAGAAGAGCCGUUCGCGAUGGGCGACAUUCAGAGAGCGUUAGUGUUAUCGGAUUUUAUGUCAAAGGAACGUCUUGGUCGUCGGAUGGAAAGGUCCCUGCCCGGUUCUCGGUGUCAGUCGUUGCAUAGCAGCCCAUGCCGCUUCGGUAGUCGACCAUGCAGUCCUCACCUGCCCCCCCAAGGAGGGGAGGAUAGCGCAAGGGCCCCUUCGCGGUAUCAUGUCCCCCCCAAACAACUCCUCCUCUAUAUUGUCAGAAUGGGGAGCUUUACGUCUACCAAGAAGAUCCCUAAUGAAGACGAGGAAGACGAUGAAUUGCUGGGCUCCUGGCCGGCGGAACUGACCAAAGAGGGGUUGCUAGAGAUUAGCAGAAAAGCUACACGAUUCGGACCGCCCCUGUUGAAGCGGGUCAUGAUGCCAGUCACCUCAGGGGAUGCCUCUCAGCCUCAUCCAUUCCGGGUCAUGCAGUGGAAUAUUCUCGCACAAGCCCUUGGCACCCAUCGGGACAAUUUCAUCUUAUGUCCUCGUGAAGCACUGGAGUGGCCGUUCCGAGGAUUCAGAAUACUUGAAGAAAUUCUUCAGAGAUCUCCAGAUAUUCUCUGCCUUCAGGAAGUGGAUCACUACAAAUUCCUUGAGAAGAGCUUGAGCUACCUUGGCUAUAAGGGAUCCUUCUUUCCAAAGCCUGAUUCACCCUGUAUUUAUAUUGAGGGAAACAAUGGUCCUGAUGGUUGUGCCAUUUUCUUCAGGGAAGAUAAAUUCAGUCUCAUUGAAGGAUCAUCCAGGAUCAUAGAGGUCUGGAAAGUUCAGACAAACCAGGUAAUAAUUCUAAAGAUACUCAAGCACAGGGAAUCUGGCAAAGAACUUUGUAUUGCAACUACUCACUUGAAAGCAAAGCAGGGUGCAUUGCUUGCAAGUUUGAGGAAUGAAGAGGGUCUUGACAUUCUGCAAUUCAUCAAGAACAAAGCUAACGGUCGUCCUGUCAUCAUCGCGGGUGAUUUCAAUGCUGAUCCAAGAGAGCCAGUCCACAACACCAUGCUAUCUGAUCGACUGGGUCUUGCAAGUGCAUAUGCUGCAAACACCGCUGAAGAGCCAAGAUAUACCACUUGGAAAGUCCGUGCUGAUGCAGAGAGCAAGACAACAUUGGAUUAUGUGUUCUACACCAAAGAUCAUAUGGAUGUUCUGAGAUAUUUGGAUGUUGCAACAGAAGAUGCAGUUGGAGAAAACCGGUUACCAGGCUUACAUUACCCUUCUGAUCAUUUGUCACUUGUCUGUGAUUUUGCUUUCAAGCCCAUGUGGCUGUCAGCAAAGAAGAGAAAGAAGCUUGAAAAGAAAGACAUUGACAUCAGAAGACGUAUCGAGUUGAUACAAGAUUUUUGCAUGCCCGAUGUGAGUUCAUGUGUACGUCUAUCUGCUGAUGGCCAGUACAUUUUGGCAACUGGAGUUUACAAGCCCAGAGUCAGAUGCUAUGAAGUUGCAAACUUAUCCAUGAAAUUUGAGAGAUGCAUGGAUUCAGAAGUAAUCAAGUUUGAAGUCCUCUCUGAGGAUUACAGGAAGAUGGUCUUUCUGCAGGAAGAUAGAUAUGUAGAGGUCCAUGCUCAGUAUGGACAUUAUUACAGGCUGAGGAUUCCCAAGUUUGGCCGGGACAUGAAGUAUGACAGGGUAUCAUGUGAUUUGUAUCUUGUUGGUACAGGUCCUGAAAUCUACAGGUUGAACUUGGAGCAAGGAAGAUUCCUGAAUCCCUUUAUUACAGAGGGGACCACUUUGAAUGCCUGUGAUUUGAACCCAUUUCAUAGACUUCUUGUGGUUGGAACAGCGGAUGGGAGAAUUGAAGGCUGGGAUCCACGGUCACGCCAGCGAGUUGCCACUCUUGACUCUGCUUUUCAUUCACUCACACAGGACACAGAAGUUGUUGGCUUGCCUUCUGUUUCAUCAAUUCAUUUCCGUGAUGCCAUGAUGAUGGGAGUUGGAACAGCUACUGGCCAAAUACUUUUAUAUGAUAUUCGCUCUUCUCGUCCACUGUUGGUCAAGGAUCACAUGUAUGGUCUCCCAAUCAAGGCUGUGGAUUUCCACUCAUCUGGUGUUGUCUUAUCCUUAGAUGCCAGAGCUCUCAAAUUAUGGCAUCCUGAUUCAGGGAAACCCUACACAACCAUUGAAUCUGAAACAGAGUUGAAUGAUCUCUGCAUGAUACCUCAAUCUGGUCUCCUCUUCAUGGCUCAUGAAGGACAGAAACUCUUGACCUAUUAUAUACCUUCUCUUGGUCCUGCACCAAGAUGGUGCAGUUUUCUGGAUCAUCUGACAGAAGAACUAGAAGAGGACAGUGUGAUGACUGUCUAUGAUGACUACAAGUUUGUUACCAAGCAAGAAUUGGAAACCCUUGGACUCUCACAUCUAAUUGGGACAAACCUCCUUCGUGCUUACUUGCAUGGAUUUUUCAUGGAUGUACGACUAUGGAACAAGGCUCGCUCUGUCGUACAGCCAUUUUCAUUUGAUGAAUACCGAAAGAAAAAGAUAAAAGAGAAGUUGGAGCAAGCACGAGAGAAUCGAGUUUCAUCUCGCCGCCUUCCCAAAGUCAACCAGAGUCUUGCAGUGAAGUUGAUGGAUGAAGUAGAAGAUGAUGAAGAGGAUGUGAAGUCAAUGAAAAAGAAGAAGCAGCCAGAUGCCAGUCUCCUACAUGAUUCUCGUUUCAAAGCAAUGUUUCAGAAUCCUGAUUUCCAGAUUGACACUGAGGCCCAAGAGUACAAGUUGAUUCAGCCUCUCGUGAAAAAACUAGACAAGACUAAGAAAAAGCAACAAAAGAAGAGAGAAGUUUUGACAGAUCAGUUUGAUGAAGUUGAGGAGGGAGAAGGCAAAGAAAGCAAUGAUGAAGUUGAGAGCAGUUCUGAUGAUGAUAGGGAAUGGACCAAGGAAGUGAAGAAACAGUAUCGACUGCUGAAGAAGAGAGACAGAGAGGAAAGGAGACAAGAGGAUCAGAAAGCAAAAUUUCAACCUCGUUUCUUUGAAUUAAAAGAAGGAGAAGAGUUUAAGGGUGUGAAGCACAAGCUGAAGCAAAUAGAUAGAAGUCCAAGGCAAGAGAAGCAGCCUUGCAACAUAAAGAAGAGCGAAAGAAGCUCAGACGGUCUAUUGCUUCCCUGAAACUAUCCUCAAAAUCCAAAUGGAAAUAAAGGAAAUUUUGCAGCAG